AUGGAUUUCUACCAAUGUGAUGUCUUCGCAAGCGGUCUUGUGCUUUGGGAGACGACCAUGAGAAAAAAUCUGCCGACCAAAUCGAAUUCUCUUACUUUUCCGGGAACAACUUCAACCGAUGUGAAAAUGUUUUUUGAGAUAAUUCAACGAUGUUCAUCCCCAAAAAUUUGUAUCAAAUCGCGAUCAAAAGCUGAAGAUGCUCUAUUUGAAGUCGAAGAAUUAAACAAAAAAUUCAACACUUUCAUCCAAAAACCCUAUCGCGAUCAGAAUCAAAAAUGGAUCGAACUACCCGAGGGGUUGUGCAUUGAAACCACAACUUCCGGCUCAACAUUUAUGGUUCCUGAUGGCCUAUCGCUAGAAAUGGGAAGUGUAAAACGAACAAAAUCCACUCAAGUUGAUCCAACCAUUGAUGCUACACUCCAAAAUCAGUUCAAUCAAUGGAUUUCAAAAGCUGAACGAAAGUCAAACUUCGAAAAUUUAAUGGGAAAGCUUCAGGACGGAGAAGACAUUUUGCCCGUCUAUUUUUAUAAUUUCCUCGCUCUACCAGAAUCCAUAAAAUGCUUUGAUGAUGAAAAGUUCGAAGAUGUGGAUUAUAAGAAAGCUGAAGCAAAACGGCGAACGUGUGAACAUAUGAGAGCUGAAGGUCGCUGCGGUCUUUUGUUGAAACUCACUCUCCUCGACAAAGGGAUGUCUUUUUGGAAUAAAAACUUCUCACUGGAAGACUGUUGUGAUCGAUGCAUGGCUGAAUAUGUUGAUCUCAUCUAUAUUAGUCUCUAUGAACUCAGUGAUUUGCUCGAAGUUAGACAGCGCUUCUUAAGGGAUCGAUGGAUUAUGAAACAAACUCCAAUGUCUGUGGAAGUUUUUCAACAGAUCGAAGUGAGAAAGAAGCAGCAUAUAGAAGAGAUGGAAAUGGGUAUAGAGAAAUUCUGGAAAAGGCGAAUAAUUGAA